AUGGCCAAGCUUAAAUCAUCACUCCUGAAACAUGCUCCAAUUGUUAAAGUUGUUUUCAGUGUUCACGUUAGACGAACGGACAAGCUUAAAGGGGAGGCUGAAUUCCAUGCAUUAGAAGAAUACAUGAAUCAUGUGGCUGAUUGGUACCCAGAGUAUGUGUUUAUGUUCAACAAAACGUUUACACAGUAUGCCAAGAAUCUGCACACUCGCAUUUCGGACAAUAUGUCGUUGGAAGGAAUUGUCCGCGAUAUAGUUAUGCUGUCAAGAUGCGACUAUCUCGUCUGUACCAUGAGUUCCAAUGUAUGUAAACUGGCAUAUGCGCUUAUGCAUGUGCUUCGAGGGGACGCUUCCGACAGGGUUGUUUCAGUAGAUGUCGACUUCUUGUACUAUGUUCGGUUAUCCAGAAUAUACACUGCAAUGUUGCCCCACAGAUAUCCAGUGCAUGGGGAAAUCGGUUUUGAGGUUGGAGACGUUAUCAUUACGAGGUCCGGCCGUCAGUCCAGCUUCCAAGAACGAGGGUUUAUUGCGGGAAGAAAUAGACGGACCGGGAAAGAGGGCUGGGUGCCUAAAUACAAACUUGUUGAAGUCUUUAUAGCAAUAAUCGACGACAGACAUGAAACAACGCUGAGCGACCGUUUCAUAUCGUUGUUCCUUUGUUUACAGACGCCGAGGGUGAAAGCAGAACCGGAGGAUUACAUUAUCCCCGAUAUUUCAAAGCUGAAACACAUGUCGGAACAAAGUUUGAUGCAAAUAUACUGGAAGUACAUCAACAGACUGCAAGUGCUGUGUAAAGAUAUUAUUCGAGUUGGAAGUCUAAAGGAUGGAGGAAAAGAAAUAUGUAUUGAUGAACCAUACAAACCGAAGACCCCAUGUCUCGUGUACUCGUUUGGAAUUAAUAACCAAUUUGACUUCGAUAAAGACAUCAACAGACUGUUUGGGUGCGAUGUUUACUGCUUCGAUCCCAGUAUGGAAAGGGACAGUUUUCGGGUAGCAGACAAAAUUUGGUUCUACAACUGGGGCCUGGGCGGUGAAAACUUUAUUAAUGACAAUGGCUGGACGAUAAAAACAUUGGACGUCAUCCGAAAGGAGCUGAAACAAACCAAUAGGCCAAUUGACGUAUUAAAGAUUGACAUAGAAGGGGAUGAGUGGUACACAAUUCAACAGAUGGUCUCAUCAGGUGCUCUUAAUGACGUCAAACAGAUCUCCAUGGAAACACACUACAUGCCUGGAGGAAAGGGCAACCACUCGUUGUCUGCAGCUGAACAGCUGUAUUUUUUAAGACAAUUAUACGAUAAUGGUUUUAGAAUAUACAUGAGGGAACGAAAUUUAUGCUGUACUAAACUUUGGCCAGGUUUUAAUCAUAACAUUUCGACUGUGAAUGAAAUAUCUUUGAUAAAACUUGCGCAAUAA